AAACAAUAAUUCUACUUUAAAACUCUCCUUCCCCUCACUCUCUCUCUCCUCUCUCUCUCUCUCUCUCUAGAGUUUGGUUGUCAUUUCACCUUCUUCUCUGUUGCUUCAAACUUUUUCUCUGCCUCUUAAAACCAUCAAACUCUGCUUCAAAUUCAUGUAUUCGUGAUCAAAUAUUCACCCAAUGUUUACAGAAUCAUGAGUAAUUUGAACAAGAAACUCAAAUAGUGUAUAGAAUCUGGUGAAUUUGUUGGAAACGGUUGAUAAUUAUGCGAACAUUGUGUGAUGUUUGCGAGAGUGCUGCGGCGAUCUUGUUUUGUGCUGCUGAUGAAGCUGCUCUGUGUCGUGCUUGCGACGAAAAGGUGCACAUGUGCAAUAAACUUGCCAGUCGACAUGUACGAGUAGGACUUGCUGAUCCUAGUGAUGUACCACGUUGUGACAUAUGUGAAAAUGCACCAGCUUUCUUCUACUGUGGAAUAGAUGGAAGUUCACUAUGCUUACAGUGUGACAUGAUUGUUCAUGUUGGCGGUAAACGAACACAUGGAAGAUAUUUGCUAUUAAGGCAACGAGUCGAGUUUCCAGGUGACAGAAGUGGUCGUGAAGACGAAUUAGGGAUGCAAUCGGUUGAUCCAGGUGGCGAAGCAAGGAGGGACCCGAAUACUGAACCUAAGAUGACAACUAACCAACAUCAUCGAUUAUCUGCCAUAGGAAUGAUGGAAAACAACAACAACAACAACAAUAAUAAUAAUAAUAAUAAUAAAAAUAAUAAUAAUAAUGAUAAUAAUAAUAAUAAUAAUAACGAUGGUAGUGUUGCCCGGAUGGAAAAUAAGUUGUUUGAUCUUAACUCCAGGCCUCAACGGAUGCAUGGUCAAACUUCAAAUAACCAGGAACAAGGAAUGGAUAUAAGUGGCGGUAACAACGACAGCGCAAGUGUGGUUCCUGUUGGGUCCUUUAAAAGAGAACCUGAGAAGUAAUAUUGCCACAAGAUGGAUCCUGGGAACCAAGACAUCACAAGCUGCUUUGUUAGCCGUGUGAUGAGGAGGGCUCGGAACCGUUUUAAAAGGCAUACUUUUUACCAUUUGAUGUGGUCAGUCAUCCUCACUUUCAAUUGCAGCAAAUGUUAAUCUCAUGGAUAUUAGAGUUCCUUAUUACUCUGAAGAAAUGACAUUUUGGUACCGCCGAAUUGUAACUGUUUAUAAAUGUGUUUUUUUUUUUUUUUUUUUUUUUUGCUUUGAAUGUCAUUCGGUUUUAGAUUUUAAUGCUUUCUUGUCGGUACUUUCUAUCUUUUAUCUCAUUACAAGUAAACAUUUAUGUCUU